ACUGAUACAACUAUAACGAUUCAUAAAAUUUUUUUUUACUUAUUUUUAUUUAUUAACCAUUUGCAAAUUAUUCAUAUAUAAACAUAUACACAUAGGCAAUGACAGUUAAUUGUAACAUUGAGGAAAAGUCAACCACAUCAACCACUUCUGCACCAAUGAUUGUAAAAACUUCCAAGGAAUGGGUUCUUCCUCCAAGACCCAAGCCAGGAAGAAAGCCAGUCAAGGAAAUGGCAGAUAAAACCAAAAUAAAACCAAGAAAGAAGUACCAGAAGAAAACAACCAUACCGAGUACUUCAGAAACAACAACCUCCACCACUACCACUACCACUAAAACAAGCACAAGUGUUAACACAACCACCCAAUUGAGUGAUCUAGGUCAAGACCUCAAUGAUGUGUCAUGUAUUAUGAAAAACAUCAAGACAAUUGAUUCAGAAAACUUGUCAUUAAAAUCUACUUUAUUAUCUUUAAUUCAUGACUAUAAACAACUCAAGAACUUGGUCUUAAACCCCGAAGUUAUUACAUCGGUACACCAACCUUUAGACUCUAAUGUUCAUAAGAGAUCCUAUACCGAAGUAAAGACCAAUGAAGUUUUAACUACCUCUACUACAACCGAGUUCGACAAGUUUAUUGAUCUUGACAACAAUGACCAUGUUGACCUUAAGAAAUCCAAAACCAAUGACUAUUUCGAACCAAUAGACUCGGACAUAGAGAUCGAUUAUGAAGAUGAUUAUGAAUACAACAUGAUGACACUGCCUACAUUAUCUUCUACCGAGCUUUCACGCACUACUUCACCAUACUCUGAUUUUGAAAAUAAUUCAUUAAUGUCGUCAUUGACAAGAUCUACUACGGUUUCAUCGGUGAUGAGUUUUGAUAAACCAAAAUUCACCUUGAACAAUUUCUUUGAAUUACCAAAAUACGAAGAGGAACAAGAUGAUCAUGAAUACAAUUUCAAGUUUGAUGAAUUAAUGAACAACAACAGUAAGAAUGACCAAUAUAAUAUGAUCACAGACUUUUUAGAAGAGAAGUUGAUUACUAAUGACAUUGAAUAUUAUACUGCAUCUACCACCACUGCUCCUGUUGCGUCAUCAUCUGAUAAUAACCUCAUCUGGUGAGAGAGAGAGAGUCGCCUAUUGUUGAUGUCACCAGCCCCCUUAUUAACCCACGAGGAAAAAACUAUAUUUUUUUUUUUUUACUGCGAAAAAAUUUUCUAGGACUGGCUGCUCAUCGCACAUGCAUAUACCACCCCCUAAAAUCCCCGUCAUUCUCCGAAUAGAAUGAUCGAAUAUGACAACGCAUUGGCGAUGACUUAAUGGUGACAUUUUGAUUCUCGUAUUGCACCCAACUUAACUACAUUACCCCCUAUUUAUUAACUAUAUUUAUUCCGGUUUACGAUAUUACAAUUACUGACAUUUGUUUUUUGCUUUUUUUUUGUUUUUUUAAUCUUUUUUUUGAUUUUGUUGAUGAUUUUAUGGGUCUUAAAGUUUAUAUAAAAAUUAUAUAUGUAAAAUAACUUUAGUAAAUAUAAAGGUUUG